CACUGAGGCGUCAGCCUGGUUCCCUUACAGCCAUUCAGAAGGACGAGAGAACACCUCGGCUUUAGGACGAGUCUUCUGCGUGACUCCCGUCAACACUUCCACGGAACCGGGACGGAGCCAUGGCCGAGAAGCGUCGCUCGCCGUGCGCACUCAGCGUCAAGGCGCACGCCUUCUCGGUGGAGGCACUCAUCGGGGCGGAGAAGAGACGCAGGACGGCCGGGGAGGACGUUACCUCCGCCGGCUACGACCACGGAAGUGAUGUCCCUCAAGUGCCCGGGAGCCCGGAGCCUUGUGCCGGUAGAGCGCGCUCCAGCGAGCGUUGCAGCGAGGGAGAAUGUGCCAGUGACGGAUCCCAUAGCGAGGACGCGCUGCUAGAGAGCCCGGAGCCUGCAGCGGUGCACAGCAACGUUGAGGACACACGCGUGGACCUGCAAGGCUCAGACCUGUGGAAACGCUUUCAUGAGAUUGGCACCGAAAUGAUCAUUACCAAGGCUGGAAGGCGGAUGUUUCCUGCAAUGCGUGUGAAAAUGUCGGGUUUGGACCCACAUCAGCAGUAUUACAUCGCCAUGGACAUUAUUCCCGUGGAUAACAAACGCUACAGGUACGUGUACCACAGCUCCAAGUGGAUGGUGGCGGGCAACGCGGACUCUCCGGUGCCGCCCAGGGUCUACAUCCACCCGGACUCGCCUGCCUCGGGCGAGACGUGGAUGCGUCAGGUGGUCAGCUUCGACAAACUCAAGCUGACCAAUAACGAGCUGGACGACCAGGGACAUAUCAUUCUGCACUCCAUGCACAAAUACCAGCCCCGUGUCCACGUCAUCCGUAAGGAGUGUGGAGAGGAGUUGUCCCCAGUGAAGGCCGUCCCUGCCGGGGAAGGAACACACACAUUCUCCUUCGUCGAGACCGUCUUCACCACUGUCACGGCGUACCAGAACCAGCAGAUAACAAGGCUGAAAAUCGACAGAAACCCUUUCGCCAAAGGCUUCAGGGACUCUGGCAGGAACCGGAUGGGUCUAGAGGCACUGGUCGAGUCCUAUGCCUUCUGGCGACCAUCUUUGCGGACGCUCACCUUCGAAGACAUCCCCGGCAUGGCCAAACAAGGAGUCCCAGGAGCUCAUGCAGGUGUGGGCGUGUCCUCUCACCUGCUCUCCCCGUCUCCCUGCUCAUCGCCCUUCCAGGUUUGCCCCCUCAGCCCAAGCGACUUCACCUGCAACCGCCCAGGUCUCCCACUCCACCGCUACAGCAACCCACCAGACCCUUUUCCCCCUUCCCGAGGCCCGUCGGCGUACGAGAGUGAAGCUUUCUGCUCCCUGCCCCUCCCGACGUCUCAACUCAGCUACCUGCCCUCCCCGCAGGGCUACGCCGGCCUGCGGCUGCACACGCCCCCUUACGGCCUAUACGGCUACACAUUCCCGCCAUCUCCACGCCUUGCGGCCAGUCCUGACAAUAUGGCAAACGCCAACCAGCAGAACGCCCUCCUUGGAACGUCUCCAAGCGGGACGCUAACGGACAGCCUGGGCGUGCUCGCCGCGGGACAACAAGGCUUCUUGUUUGACUCUCGGACUUUAGGGGCGGGGGGCUCACAGGUCACUGCCCACAUGGGCUGAACUUGGACAUCUACAUUUCUGCAGUCUCCAAAAUCCAAAUGACACUUAAAAGGUUCCGAACGGAGGAAACCAUUGUGUCAUUUGAUAAUACACCCCCAUCUGAUCUUUCGAGAACCUUCUGUCACAUGUCCAGCCACACAGGAAGUGAGGCCUGGAUGUUUUUACCGGGGCCCGACUGGAACUGAUUAUGGAUGAAGGGGGCCCAGAGGCUUAAAGUGAGUACGUCAUGGAAGUAGAUCUCUGUGAACUCCGCCUUGUUUUAAGGUAAAAACUUCAGUAUUCGUAAUUAUGAUACAAAAGGUACAUAUUUUUUAUAAGCACAGAACAAGAAAUGUUUGGAGGAGAACCUACAUUCUUCACCAGGAGCUGUUGCAUACUAACAUGAAGGACCACAGAAGGGAACAAGACCUAUGUGUUGUACGUGUGCUUGGAAAACACAAUGCUUUUGGCUCCAUGGGACAGCACGCUCUGUAUAUAGCGGUAGGAAGCGGCGUGGAGGGAGGGUAUACAAUGGGCAGAGUGACCCUUGCACUUAUGCACCUGCUUGGGCUCUUCAGAUUGGGUCAGGUAGCGCCGGCCUUGAACUUUGUGGCCUGUCAGCGACUCUUUCGUUCUCUUACAAACUCUUUGGC